GGGCUCUUGAGCGCUUCCAGUUGAGAGAUGGCGGCCAGCGCAGGUAGAUCUCGGCUGCUGCUGCUCUCCAGGAGUAGCGGCGGGGGGCUGACAGCGGGAUUCCCCGGGCUGGGGGUCACCAGGCACCGGCCUCACAGGACGGUGCACCAGAGACAUCCUGCAUGGCUGAGCCAAAGAGUAGUGUUUUGCAGUACAGUAUCGCCCUCUGAUGAUGUGACUGUGGUGUAUCAAAAUGGGUUACCUGUGAUCUCUGUUAGUCUUCCCUCACGACACGAGAGAUGUCGAUUCACCCUCAAGCCCAUCUCAGAUUCUGUUGGAGUGUUCUUGCAACAGCUACAGCAAGAGGACCGAGGCAUAGACAGGGUUGCAAUCUACUCUACAGAUGGAACACGUGUGGCCUCUUCCACAGGGAUUGAAAUUCUCCUUUUAGAUGAUUUCAAAUUGUCCAUUAAUGAUAAAACUUAUUAUGUGCAGCCACCAAAAAGAGAACUCUUAAGCCAUGAAGAUGCAACAACAAUGAACGACUUGAAAACACUAGUUCAGCACCUGUACAGCACGUUGCGCAUUGAAGAACAUCAGCUCAACAAAGAACGGGAGCUAAAUGGGCGGUUAGAGGAUCUCCGGGGGCAGCUAGAACCUCUAGAGAAACUGCGUCAGGAGAUAGGCCGACGAGCAGAAAAGCGAACCACGUGGGUUCUGUGGGGUGGACUGGCAUAUAUGGCUACACAGUUUGGUAUUCUCGCCCGCCUGACAUGGUGGGAAUACUCCUGGGAUAUUAUGGAGCCUGUCACAUACUUUAUUACCUAUGGGAGCGCCAUGGCAAUGUAUGCCUACUUUGUACUAACACGCCAGGAAUAUAUCUAUCCAGAUGCCAGAGACAGACAGUACUUACACUUUUUCCAUAAAGGAGCCAAAAAGACAAGUUUUGAUUUAGAAGAAUAUAAUCGACUCAAGAAUGCAAUUACUCAGGCCGAGGUGGACCUUAAGAGACUGCGUGACCCUUUGCAAAUGCAACUCCCCAUCCAACAAAUUGAUGCUAAAGAUUGAUCUUCAUCAUAUCUCUAAUCCCCAGCCAAACCUGUGGAUAUCAAUUGCCUUUGAAUUAAAAGCAUUACAGGUGGUAGCUGGGACAUGGUAUUGGGAUGAGCAUUUACUUUUUUCUUUUUUUUUUUUUUUUACUUUAUAGUAAAUGUUAUACAAAUGGAGAAGAAGGUAAAAAGGAAAAUUAAUGAGCAUAAGAGGCCUUGACAAUGCCUCUCCGAAAGGGCUGUGGCAUAUUGUCUUACUCAAACUGUAGCUAUCUUUUUAUUUGUCUGUGGAUGAAAAUGCAUUAGUAUAUAUAUGGUUGAGGGGUUUGAACAAAUUACAAUGUUUUAUUUAAUUUUUCUUUUCCGUUUUACUUUUGAGUUCAUGUUUUUAUUUGGUAAGGUUAAGUCCGUGGCAGAGUGCCUGUAAACACAUCUGAAUUUUAGGUCUGCCAAGCCAGUGGGGGCACAGCAGAAACAACAAAGUAGUGCACAAUGAAUGGCAUUGGGAAAAUGCUGGACCAGAAGUAACCUCAAAAAUACAAUAACCUCUGCUUUUUAGAGGGAUUUGUUGCAGUGGCAUUGAGGCACUGUUAUGCCUUUCUGUUCUUUAAUCUCCAGG